AGUAAUAAGUAAAAUGUACUCAAUUUUUUACGCCUUAUUCCAAUUAAUCAAAGCUACCUCGUUAGUUGGACUGCUGCGAAAAAUCUGUCUGGCUACAAGAUGACGCAAAAAUUCAUAUUUUUCGCACAUUUCCUUGCGAAUUUUGUGCUCCUUUUAAAUGCUCAAGAUCCAGUUAAGGAGCCGAUUACCCUAAACGACUUUUUAACGGGGACCCUGUCCGCGGGGGGAUUUGGGGGGUCGUGGGUACCAGGCUCAGAUGACACUCUUCGCGUAAUUUCGGGAAACAACAUCUGGGAGUAUGACCUCGAUACGAAGCAGAACAGAUCGGUCGUCACCAGUUCGCAAUUUACGGAAAGAUUUGGUACUCAAAGUUUGGGACUGUCCGUGUCGAAGGAUAACGCAUUCAUCUUAAUUGAACAUAGUAGACGACAGCUCUGGCGUCACUCCUAUCUCGCCAAGUACGACGUGCUCGAGCUGGCAACAAACCAGUUCAGCGUCAUCCAACCUACCGGAUUUGAAAACGACCCGCAGAUCGAGUUGCAGCUCGUCGUGUGGGACGCGAGUGGUCACGGGGUCGCUUUCGUCUACGGUAACAACGUGUACUACAAGGCAGCGCAUGGGGCGGGUCAGGCGGCCGUGCAGAUCACGCAGGAUGGUGGAGAUGCCAUCUUCAACGGGAUUUCUGACUGGGUGUAUGAAGAGGAAAUGUACGGAAGUCCGGUGGCCAUGUGGUUUUCUACGGACAGCUCGAGCCUCGCCUUCGUCCGGUUUGACGACUCCGGCGUCGACUUUUUCCAGUGGCCGCUCUACGGAGAACCCGGCGUGAGGGAGACCGUCUACCCGGUCUAUGAACCACUCCGAUACCCAAAGGCCGGACGCGAUAAUCCCCUCGUAUCUCUACACAUUGUAAAAUUGGAUAACCCCACGACCGUUCGACAAAUCACUUACCCAGCUGGACAAGAUCCACAGUUACAAUACUACAUCGCCACCAUCACGUGGGCUACGGCGAAUCGAGUUAUUAUUCAAAAUUUCAAUCGACAUCAAAACCGAACCGUUUGGAACUUUUGCAACGCCGAUGAUGGUACUUGCGCUGAGGUGGCCGACAAAUCGGCGGACAACCCGGUCGGCUGGUGGGACCCUCAUCGCCCCACGGUUUCCCGUGAUGGAUCCAAAUUCCUCACCUUUGUAAACGCUCACCAGGAUACGGACCCAUUUCAAAGGUCGUAUCGACACAUCGCGUCACUAAAUUCGGUAGGGCCCAAUCCAGAAGUGCCGACCUUAACGGACGGUGCUUUCCAUGUGGAUUCCAUCCUCGGCUGGGAUGAGGCGAAUGAUAGAUUAUACUUUUCCGGAACUGGCCUCCCCUCGCCGUUGGGUAACCCGAGCGAGCGACAUGCGUAUUACGUUGCCCUGAGCGGGCCAAAUUUGACACCGCAAUGUUUCACUUGCGCCCUUCGUAACGGAUUCGAUGAGGAAUGCCAUUCCCACUCGGUCUCCCUCAGCGCUAAUUUCAAAUUUUACAUGCACACCUGUCGAGGACCUGGUGUUCCCGAGGUCACCACGAGAUUCACUUCGAACCACACCGUCGCCCACACGUGGAAUAACAACGCCGCAGUGAGAGCACGCCUCGAAACGAAAUUGCUUCCAUCCGUGACUGAAAUGGAGGUUGACGUCGCAGGUGGUUUCAAGGCCAAAGUGAGACUCCUUCUUCCGCCAAAUUUCGAUGCAGCUAAAAAAUAUCCUAUGAUGGUCGAUGUGUAUGGUGGCCCAGAUUCGCAAGCAAUCACGCAAGAUUACGGGAUCAAUUGGGGCUACUAUCUGGCCAGUUCGAGAGGCGUGAUUUAUGCAAAGAUUGAUGGGCGUGGGUCCGCCAGACAGUCGGCCGAACAGAAGUUUGCUGUCUAUAGAAAUUUGGGCUCGGCUGAGGUAGAGGAUCAGAUUUCUGUGGCCAGGCACCUUAUCACCUUGGGAUACAUUGACCCUGAGAAGACUGCGAUCUGGGGAUGGUCCUACGGCGGUUAUGCCACCGCAAUGGCGCUCGGGAAGGACAGUGGGAACGUGUUCAAAUGUGGAAUUUCUGUAGCUCCUGUCUCCAGUUGGUUAUACUAUGAUACGAUUUACACCGAGCGAUACAUGGGACUUCCAUCGGCUGAGGAUAAUUGGGCGGGUUACAACCAAUCCUCCGUCAUGGCUCAUUUGACGGGAAUUGCUAACAAGGAGUUUCUUUUAAUUCAUGGUAACGCGGAUGACAACGUUCACUACCAGAACUCCAUGAUGCUAGCAAGAGCCCUCGAGCAGGCAGAUAUCUUAUUCGAAUCGUUGAGCUAUCCUGAGGAAAACCACAACAUUAAUGGACCUGGGAUGCGGCUACACUUGUACCACUCUAUCGAGCACUUUUUAACCAGGGAUACAUGCUUCGGCGAACUUGGAAACCCUGGAGAAGAAGGGACCACGACUAGCACACCACCUGUUACUGGGACUGGCUCGACCGAUCCAGGGACCGGUAGCACAGAAGGAUCAACUCGGGCUGGAGCAUCGAGCAACCACGGGUUGACUUAUCUAAUUCUAGUACCGCUUAUCGGUUUUGUUAAAGAAUGGUAAACUAUUAAAAAAAUUAUAAGAAUGUGUAGAUUUGAAAAGAAAAGGUUUAAAUUAGUAAUUUGAACAAUUCUUAAUUUGUCGGGUUUUCUGGAAUAAAAAACGUUGCAAUUAAAAAAAGUGCCGAAUAUGUAAA